CUUAAAAGAAAAGAUCUUAUGGGGAACUGUCAAGCAGCUGAGGCAUCCACGGUGGUGAUUCAACACCCUGGAAACAAGAUCCAGAGGAUUUUCUGGUCGGUUACUGCUAAUGAAAUCAUGGGUUCGAAUCCCGGUCAUUACGUUGCUCUCGUCGUCACCUCACCCACUUUAAAGAAGGAAAAUGGCACGCCGGUGAAGCAGCUCAAGCUCUUGAAACCCAAUGACACUUUGUUAAUCGGCCAUGUUUAUCGACUUGUCAGCUUCGAAGAAGUUUUGAAAGAGUUUGCUGCAAACAAGUGCGUGAAACUUGGUAAACUGUUGAAAGAAAACGGAGGGCUUGGGGUUGGGAUGGAGUUGAAGAGAAAGGAUUUGUCCAUCACUGCUUCCAAUAUGAACUCAAAACUCAACUCUAAAUCUGACGACCACAGUGAUGUUAAGGUGGGGCAGGAAGUUAAUAGACCGGGAAGCAGCGGUGGCGGAGCCAGCGGCAGUAGGUAUAUGGGCAGACAUCAUGGCGGUGGUAGUGGUGAUGGGCAAUGGAGGCCUGCCUUGAUGACCAUUGCAGAAUUUGGAAUUUGAAAUGCAGUGCUGUGCUGCUGCAUAUUGCAUGCUUCUUCUCCU